AUGGAAGAAGCUAAAAAAUACCAGUGGCCCGAUACUGCAAAGGAUCUUAAAAUUUCUAACAUGAGAAAUGCGGCUACGAUUCGAAAAAGCGAAGGGAAUGAGAAUUAUGACGAGCUAGAACCUGAUAUAAGUGUGCAUCAUACUGGAAAAUUCGAUUAUGUGGACUACCUUCCCCCUGAAGCGACAGGAAACGCAAGUCAAGGUUUGGCGUCAGCGUGCAAACUGACUGCUACAGUGGAUAUUUUCUCUGCAGGCAUGAUAAUUGCCGAAAUGCUUGGUGUGAGACCACUCGGUCAUCGGCUAACUAAAGAUAAAGUGAGGCCACUCACGGAUCACGAUAUAUGCGAUUUGGCGGGGUGCUGUACAAGCUGUCGAAAGAAUUGGAAGAAGAUAUCUAAAAAAGGCAGGGAUGUUAUAAAAGAGCUUACAAAUGCAAAUUUUAAAGAACGCCCAUCUGCUAAGGCCGCUGUUACGCUUGUAUCCGAGUGGGUCAAUCAGCUUGAGGAAGACGAACGUCGACGACAACGUGACGAAAGGAAGAAGCUGAAGCAAGAAGAGCUCAAACGCCAAUAUAAAGCUCAGCGUUCCAAGUCUACCGCCUCUCAGAACAGAACAGAGGGGGAACGGAACGAACCGACAGUACGUCGUAAGCUUACGAUUCGGUACGGUUCCGAAUCAACAAAAAAGUGA